GAUGAUGAUGAUGAAGAGAAACCUCAGUCCUCACAGCUUCCUCAAAGACUAACUGAACAGAUGGAAACAGAUGAUGGAGAGGACUGUGGAGGACCAGAACCAGCCAGAAACUCAGAUCCAGAUGAACAUUCACAACCUGAUACGGAUGACGUCCAGCAGCUAUCGGUGUGUAAAGAAGAGGUUCCCCCUGAGCAGCAGCAGGAGUGGAGACCCAGUCUGGACCAGGAGGACCCAGAGCCCCCACACAUUAAAGAGGAACAGGAGGAAGUCAGGACCAGUCAGGAGGGAGAGCAACUUCAAGAGUUUACAUUCACUUCUGUCCCUGUGAAGAGUGAAGAUGAUGAUGAUGAAGAGAAACCUCAGUCCUCACAGCUUCCUCAAAGACUAACUGAACAGAUGGAAACAGAUGAUGGAGAGGGACUGUGGAGGACCAGAACCAGCCAGAAACUCAGAUCCAGAUGAACUUUCACAACCUGAUAAAAGCUUCAGUCGAAAGACUAAUCUGCAGUUGCACAUGAGAACUCACACAGGUGAGAAACCCUUCAGCUGCUCAGCGUGUGAUAAAAGCUUCAGUCAUAAGAGUGCUCUGCAGACACAUGUGAGAAGUCAUACUGGUGAGAAACCAUUCAGCUGCUCAGUGUGCGAUAAAAGCUUUGGAUAUAAGAAUACUCUGCAGUUACACAUGAGAACUCACACAGGUGAGAAACCAUUCAGCUGCUCAGUGUGUAGUAAAAGCUUCAGUGUAAAGACAAAUCUGCAGUUACACAUGAGAACUCACACUGGUGAGAAACCGUUCAGCUGCUCAGUGUGCAAUAAAAGCUUCAGUCAAAAGAGUACUCUGCAGGAUCACAUGAAGACUCAUACAGGUGAGAAACCAUUCAGCUGCUCAGUGUGUAGUAAAAGCUUCAGUGUAAAGACUAAUCUGCUGUUACACAUGAGAACUCACACGGGCGAGAAACCGUUUAGCUGCUCAGUGUGCGAUAAAUGCUUUGGACAUAAGAAUACUCUGGGAUCACAUGAAGAUUCAUACAAGAGAGAAACCUUUCAGCCUCUCAGUAUGCCAACAAACUUCAUUAAAAAGAGUACUCUAGAGAACCACAUGACAACUCACACAUUCAGCGCAGUCUGCAGUUAAAGCUUCUGUAUUAAAAGUACUAUGCAGAGACACAUGAGAACUCACACAAGAGAGCAGCAGGAAAUUAAGAAUCCUGUUCAGCUAUUACAGACUAGAAACUAGACUUUUUGAUCUGGUUUUAUUGUUGUGAUUUUGUUAUGGUUUAUGUUAGGUUACUGUGUUACUCAUGUUCUACACUGCUAUGGUGAUCUUAGUUAAAUGUUAUGUUGCACACAGAAACAGUCAACAUCAACAUCACCUCGGCCUUUAACACAACCACACACAGCAGAGAGAACCUUAAAACUCUGUUUUGUCUCUGCUGAACAAGCUCAACAUACAGUGCAACACACACUCUGUUUUUGUUAUUUGGUUUAGUGCAUUGUAGUUUGAUCAUAUUGUCUAUUUAUACUUUAUCUUUUUUAAUAAAUGUUAUCAAAUAUACAUUCUGGUUUGUUAAAUAUUCCACAAACGUGAAGGAUACCAAACUCUAUGUUGAGCUACAAAUCCUUCAGCUGACUUAAUGUGAACAUGAUGAACUUAGUUAUAGUUA